AAACACUCUUUUGUUUGUGGCUUCAAAUCAAAUGGACCCCACCCUUACCUUACAUCCUGUCUGAAACAACCAAACCUACAAUGUUAUGUUCUGUGUGUUUGGCUCUGUCAAAGUUCUCCUUUGUGCCACACUAUGCAGACACUACCAAACUCACCACCUCUCCUGCGUCGUCCCGGCGGGGACGAUGACGUGGACAUAGACUUCAGGGACGUGUUCGGUGGUCCGCCUAAAAGACGGUCCAAAGUUGUUGAAACCACCGGUAGACAUAGCUUCAGUGAAAUCAGGCGGCGUGACGUCAUCGUCGACAACAGCGCGCUGAUUCUCCGAGACGAGAAGCCUGUGUUCGGGGAAGACCCGUCAUCCAUCCGUCGUCGUUUCACUGCUGAUGAUUUCUUUGACGAUAUCUUCAGAGUGAAUGAAUCUUCAUCAUCAUCUUCGCCGCAGAGGAAGAUAAAGAACGAGCAAGAAACGUUCGGAUCAUCACUUCCGGGUUCUCGGAUCCUUAGCCCGGCUCGUCCUAUCCCUCACAAAGUCGAGUCUCCUCCUGGGACUUCGUUUCCUGCACAGUUCAGUCUUCCUGCAAAGCUAAUCAAAGGGACAGAGAUGCCUACGUUUGGUUCAGCUGCUCGGAGUUUAAGCAGGAACAAGGAAGCUGCUUCAAGUUCUCCUUUGUCAAGAACUUCAAGCAAAGCUGAUGAUAUGGUGGGGUCUACUGCUUCAGAUGGUUAUGUUGCUCCAAAGGUUGUUAAUGGGAAAGUGAGGCAGUUUCACUUCUCUAUCUACAAGUGGCCUAAUAAAGGAGUUCCUGUUGCCAUGUGGGGCAGUUCUAGGUUGAGCUCUAUGGCUAAAGCUGAAGAGACGACACCUAGUGAUUUGCGUCCUACUUCAGUUGAAGCAGAAGGAAAAAGCUCACACAAUCGUCCUGGUGUUCAGAAAGAAGAGGAGAUGUCUGAACAAGCCUUCUCUAGCAAUGUGUCUAAAGCUCCUGAUGAGGCUAUGGUGAAACCUCUACAUUCGUUUUUAGAUGAUAAGGACGAGAGACAAGGUGAGGAUAUAGUGUUAGAGAGGGAAGAGAAAAAAGUUAAAAGCAAAGCGAAGAGUAUGAGAAGCUCUGCAGGAGAUUCAAGAAGCAAAAAGAAAGCACAAGGUAGUAGAAGUCCUUUGGAUAGCCCGAUGCCUGAUAAAUCCAACUUGGCAAGUACAUCUUCAGUACCAGAAGUUAGCAAAGAUGGAGCCAAAGGGAAAGUGAUGGACUUUGUUAAGAUUUUUAGUCAAGGAACUUCAGCUGGAGCAGGUGGGGAACCUCUUGGGCAAAGCUCUAGAUGGAGAGCUAAAGAAAAUCCUGUGACUGAUAUCAAUAAAGACGGUGCUAAGGCCAAAGAAACUGUAAAGGCUCCUGAUCAACAAAAGAAAUCAACUCCAGUUACACCCGCCAUGGACCAGGAUCAGAAACCUUCACAGGCAACUCAUAAAAAGGUCGCAGAUAGUAGUAAGCCUAGUGGUGUUACUGAACAAGAGAAGAGACAGGAACCUAGCACAGCACAUGUUACCUCAGAGGAUAUAGACGAGCCCUUCCAUGUAAAUUUCCUGGUGGAGGAUAUAACACAAGAUGAGAACGAAAUGGAAGAAACCAGAAAUGAUGCUGUAGAAUUCCAGAACAUCGAUGCUAAAAUCCGCAAGUGGUCAAGCGGAAAGAGUGGAAACAUCCGGUCUCUCCUGUCCACACUGCAAUAUAUUCUAUGGCCCGGGUGUGGAUGGAAGGCGGUUCCUCUCAUGGACAUGAUCGAAGGAAACGCAGUUCGAAAAUCGUACCAGAGAGCUUUACUAAUCCUUCAUCCAGAUAAGUUACAACAAAAGGGUGCAUCCGCAAACCAGAAAUACAUGGCUGAGAAAGUUUUCGAGUUGUUACAGGAAGCAUGGGACCAUUUCAACACUCUCGGACCGGUUUAAAGACAAAUGUUUUAGUCUUUUAGUUAUUACACAAAGGCUAUAUGCGUUAUUAAAAAGUGUACAGUUGUGGUUCUGAAUACAAAAAAUGUUGCAGAAAUUAAAUU